AUGGGUUCUCAACUCUCUUUGAUUGCACACACUGCUCCUUCUAUUGCAAUCUCGUCCUAUAUUGAUAUACUAGACGAAGUUCAUUAUCUAUCACAGCUAAACUCAUCGCGAUUCCUGAAAACAUGCAAAGCGCUGGAUCCAAAUGGCGAAAUUCUUAUCAAGGUUUUUAUCAAGCCUGCAGAUGACUACAGUAUCGCUGAAGUACAAAAAAUGUUAUUAAAUGAGGCACAACUGCUGGCUGCCCUGCCGAACACCUUAAAUUAUAGUAAAAUUGUGGAAUCUGAUAGAGCUGGCUAUUUAGUAAGACAGCAUUUGAAAUCCAGUGUCUACGAUAGAUUGAGCACCAGACCUUUUUUGGAAACUAUCGAGCUUAAGUUCAUAGCUUUCCAACUUUUGCGGGCGUUAGACGAUGUACACUCGCGAGGAGUAUGCCACGGCGACUUGAAAUUAGAGAAUCUUCUUCUGACCAGCUGGAACUGGUUGGUUCUGACAGAUUUCUCGGGAAGCAUGAAACCAACAUAUUUACUAGAGGAUAAUCCUGGAGAUUAUUCCUUCUACUUCGACACAUCCCAACGACGGACCUGUUACAUAGCUCCUGAAAGAUUUGACUCAUCGAAAUAUCAAAAGUUCAAUAAUAUGAACUCCAAACUUACACCCGAAAUGGAUAUAUUCAGCGCAGGAUGUUGCAUAGCAGAAAUUUUCUCGGAGGGCAGUUGCAUUUUCAAUUUAUCGCAAUUGUUCAGGUACCAGAAUGGUGAUUAUAGCCCAGUAGACUUCUUAAACAGCCAUUUAGAUGAUCCGAUACUCAGGGAAAUGAUCUUAGGUAUGAUAAACCUAAAUCCACACAAAAGAAGCACGGUCAAAGAUAUUCUUCAGAAAUACAGAGGAACUUUCUUUCCAGAACAUUUUUACCACUUCUAUUACGGAUACUUUGCGGAAUUAGCUACUAUUGAUGAUGGGCUUCCAAUGGUGGGUAAAACGUAUGGUACAUUGCAAUUGCCAAACCUUUCUUCCAACAUGGACAAAAUCGUGCAAAAAAUCUACGAAGACCUCCCGAAAAUCUGUUCUUCGUUGGGGUACCCUUUGAUGAAGCAAGCUUCUUGUUGCCCAAAAGGAGGUAACAAAAUACUAAAGCAGUUAACUUUGCCCGGUAUUGGCACCAUUUUACUUCAAGACCCUGCGCUGGAAAUAUCGUCUGUUGCGGAUGAGUCAGCAUUGCUACUUUUGUCGCUUCUUUUCCACGCGCUAAGAGGAGUGAAAGCGGCUUCGGUAAAAAUGAUGUGCUUGGAGCUCAUUACAGUCUUUUCUCAAUACGUUUCAGACAGUAAUAAGCUUGAUAGGGUGCUCCCUUUCGUUGUUUCCAUGCUUUUUGAUGAACAUCCAAGUGUUCAAGCGCUUGCAAUUCAUGUCCUGUCACAACUUCUAGGCAUGACCAAAAGUGUCAAUCGCAUUAAUGACGUUCUUUUCACAGACUAUCUCUUACCCCGUAUCAAAAAGCUAAUCCAAGUUGCAAAAUAUAAUGACUAUGUGAGGGUUGCUUUAGCUGAAGAGCUUGGAGAAAUAGCAAGAUCGGCAACUAGAUUCAAUGAUAUGGCCAUAACGGCUAAUGAUGAGUACGGCAAAGUAAUGGAAGAAGUUGAAUCUAGGAAGAAGCAAAAGCGGAAGCUAGUGCACGGAUUCGAACAAAUAGCUGUUAAUUUAUUGACAGACAGCCACUCAAGCGUGAAAAUCGCCCUACUUUCGAAUAUCCUGCCACUUUGCAGUCUUUUUGGUAGGGAAAAGACUAAUGACGUUAUCUUAAGCCAUUUGAUCACAUACUUGAAUGACAAGAACGCGUCACUUCGCAUUCAGCUCGUUAAAUCUCUUACCGGAAUUGCGGUACUACUUGGGCCAUUGACGCUGGAGCAAUACAUUCUGCCUUUACUCGUGCAAACUGUCACCGACUCUGAAGAACUAGUUGUCGUUAUGGUUCUCAAAAGUUUGAAAACUUUCUUUAGCGUAGGCUUGAUUCAAAAAAGGUACUAUUUUGACGUUGCUAAAAUUAUUGCUGCCCUUCUGCUACAUCCUAACACCUGGAUACGGCAAUUUACUUUAAGCCUGUUGGUAGAGCUAUCGAGGAAGCUCUCAAAGGCAGAAGUUUAUUGCUUGUUAUAUCCUAUCAUCAAGCCCUAUUUUGAGUUUGAUGUUCAGCUUACUUGGGACUCCAUGCUAUCGAGCUGUAAAAAGCCACUUUCAAGAACGGUCUACAACAUUCUUUGCACAUGGUCGCUGCGAUCUGUUAGCAGUCUUUUCUGGAAACAGGUACCCAGCAAGCACCGUGAUCUAUUCGGAAACAAUAGUGUGGUAUUCAUUAACAAGGACUAUGUAACGAAGAACUAUGGCUUGGCGAGCGGGUACAAAAUCGCCAAGUCCCCAAUCAAGCUAGCUGACAACAAGGAAAUCCUUGUAACAAAUGAAGACAAAGGCUGGCUUGAGAAAAUCAUGACAGUGGGACUUAAAGAUACCGAUUUGUGGAAGAUUGCAGCAAUGAGGUCUUACGCAUUCAAUGUCGCUAAAAUGCUGGCUAGGAAACCAGAAACAAUCACCCCAUACAACCCAAUUAUCGAAAACGGCUCUGCUUCGAAGAAAGGCUUGAGCUCAUAUACGCCACCCAGGACCGUAAUUUUCGAUGUCAUGUUCUUAAACAACGCCACGCAGCUCAAUGAAGGUCAACAUAUGAUAAUCAAACAUCGAGAGAAUUCUCCAAGCUCAUUGACAACGGCUUUUCAUCGUUUGGCCCUUAACAAGUCUAUCGAUUUGACGAAGUCGAUUCAGUUAACUAAAGCAGCACCGACUUUGACCUCGAAUCUCGACAAUGUCUACGUUCAGCUUGAGGCGUCAAAGCUCAGACCACAAAACAUUCAAAGGUCUACGUCUUCAGAUGGCGACGGUGUACCAUCAAUGUUUGUCGUGAAAAACAGCUAUGAAGGAAACGAUGAGAAUAUCAAAAGCUUUUUGCGAAGUGUCGACGUCGGGCCCGCAUUCAAGCAUUUUCCUGAAUUUGGACACGCUUCAAGUGCAAGAAACAGUUUGACAGCUGCAAGUACUACCAGGCCGUUUUCUCGCUUGAAAUUUUGUUUUCAAUUGACAGAGACCCGAUCAACAGCUAUCACAGUGAUAUCUGCAGCGCUGCAUGAUCCAUAUGUGUUGAGCGGUUCAGAAGAUGGAAUGGUCAAGUUAUGGAACAUACCUAAAAUUCUGGCCGGAGAAAUAUUUGGGUCAUCUCUGUCUUACGACGCGGGCUCCAGUAUUAUGGAUAUCAAGCCGUUUCCAGAAUUUGAUCUUUUUGCAGUUUCCUGCAAGGACGGUACUAUCUUGUUACUCAAAGUGAAUGUACAUGAGUCCAAAGGCACGAGGGCUUUUACUCGUCUGCAAGUUGUUCGAAAGUACAAAGUUAAAAGCUCUACCGAAUUCGUCACUAAAUUAGCUGUAGUCCCUGGCGAUGACAAACCGCUUUUGGUCGCGCUUACAAACAGUUCUGAAAUCAUUUUGCUCGACCCUCGCUUGAUGUCAGAAAUAAGAAGACUGAAGAAUGAUCCUCUACAUGGUGCUGUUCUGAGUCUCUCAGUUGGACACGAUAAGUCUUCGAUCAUUUUGGGGACCUUCCGGGGUGUAAUAAACAUAUGGGAUGCCAGGUUUGGUACAUUGAUUCAAAGUUGGACCUUUUCGGAUGGUUCGCCAAUAACACAUAUUUCUCUUCUUCCUGCAUUAACGAAGCGCGAGGGGCAAACCAUAGUGAUCUUCGGUGGCUCUACAAAAAGCAUGUUCACCAUCUGGGAUUAUGUGAAGCGGCAAUGUCGAUUAGUUGUGACGACUGACGAGACGGUACCGUCAAUUGAUGAGUACUUGGCCACAGACGUCAUGAUGGACCACUUAAACAAGCACAUGGAUGAAGCUUCCUGUGAUCAGGUAACCUCGAUGGUGCUCGAGGGCCUUAAUGUUUUGGUCUCUGAAGCUCGCUCUAAUAGCAUGUUUUGUUUUGAUUCCCGGGCAAAAACGAUGAUUCCCCUGACAUCAGAUUAUGAUGCGAGUGCUGUCAAAUACGAGCCCUUGCAACUCACCGCUAACACAACAGUCCUCGUUAGACAAAGACAGGUCUCUGACGAAUCCGGUCGCAAAGCUGAGAUGACGUUGCACAAUGAUACGAUAAAUUCAAUAGCUGUGGCAUGGAACAAGACAGAACGCUAUUAUAUUUCAGGUGACUGCUCUGGGAUUGUCAACAUAUACAAAUAA